AUGUCUCGGCUCUGGGUGUUCAAAUACAGCGUGACGAGGAUGGCAUUGUGCUGGCCACGCCUAGUCCUCCUGAUAUCCGCAUUCUCAACACUCGCCAACGCAGCCUACAACCUCUCAUCCGAGCUCGCAAGGCUCAUUCCUGCCUGCGCGCAACAAUGCUUCGUUUCCUUCUUAGAGUCGAACUUCCCCACCAGCGUGUGCUCGAGCAAGCCGAUGCUGGAUUGCCUUUGCUCGAGGAAUAGCUCGUCUGGGUAUACCGUGGGCGAAGGAGCGGUGCAGUGUAUUGUCUCGGAGAUCAAUAUUGGGUUAUGUAGAGGAGGUGAUGCGAAAGGUAACAUGGUGCACGAUGCAUAUGGUAUGUGUUCGGAGCAGCCGAAUGCAUUGCCAAAUACCCAUGCAACGAUUACGGCGACGUUUUUUAUCCACACCUCGACGCCGAGUGUGUUGGUACCUCCAUCGCCGGCUACGUUCUCGAGUGUGUCCAGAAGCCCGACGCCUGCAGCAAGCUCGACGACUGUAACAAGCUCGACGGCUGCAACGAGUUUGUCAAUCGCAACAAGCUCGUUGGUCUUAACAAUUACAAGUGCCAGGACCUCAUCAAGUACUUCUUUUGCGACGAGCAGCGUUAAAACUUCUAGUCCAGUGGGCUCCAGCAGAACCAGCAUAGCCAGCACAUCUAGCACAUUUUCAUCCAUCUCAGUAGCCUCCGAGACGUCUGCUCCACAGCCAGUCCUCACCAAGGACCAGAUUGUAGGCAUUAUCGUGGCUUCCAUUCUAGGAGGUGCGCUCGUUGUCGGACUUCUUGUCCUGUUGAUCUGCUGCCGAAGACAACGAAACAAGAGAUCGCGGGAAAGCGACUUGAUUCCGUUCCAGUUGGAGCCCAAUCAUGUCAUAGAAACUAAAAAGCACAAGUACAAGAGUUUCAAAGAGCCAACGGGGAGGAUACCGGGAGGAACCAGGAAUGGGAUAGCAGCUAGAAUUCCACCACGCAUUCCUCCAAGGGUAGAUGCAUCGAGUCCAAACAUGUUCUCGCGGAGGAGUGUCAGGCCGGAUACGAUUGGACUUGCGGUCUCACCUGACCAGAAUGUUUCGGUGGAAAAGAAACAACGGAGACCCUCGAAACUGCUUCCUGAGAAGCCAACAUUGACGCUGAAGGUUCCAAAACAUACUGGUUACCAGAACAAUGGGUUUUCCUUUAAUCAAUCUAUCAUCCAGCCUUCGGUAAUCAGUAGGCAGAGCACCGCCACUCAAUUCGAAGAAGAUUACGAUGAGAGUGCCCACACAGCAGUAGCAGCCGAUGACUACUGGACCGCGAAACCCACGAACCAAGUCCUGGGCGCGAAGACAGGCAGCUGGCAAACGAUCAGGAAAGUCGACCCAGAACAUAAUACUAUCGCCUUGGCUUGGAGACCAGGCCAAAACCCUAACAGUACAACGACCAAUCCAGACUACUACAUAAGGCCUCUGAGCGUAGGCGGACGUAAAAUUGGAAGCUUCCCACAAUUAAGGGCACAGGAUACGAACACACGACCACAUGACCCACAGCAGCUUUUUGUUGCAGAAGAGCCUCGCGGCAUAGCGAUGUCUUCUCCCCUAUACUCGAAUUCCGGCUCCGCCAAGAGCGCCGAAGAAAGUGGGAGUAACAAUGUUAACAAUGCCUUCACUCGUGAGAAAAACCUCUCCUACCAGCCGGGCCCUGACGACCAUCAAGAUUCAGUCUCACAAAAGCAGCCGCGAGUAGCAGCUACGGAACUUACGCUCUCCCCAGUCGUGGAAUCUCCAGCUAGUGGCCGUAGCCCUGUCAGCUAUCCCAAGAUCCCGCCACCAGGUGGACCACGAAUAUUAAGCCAAGCAACAAUACGCCUAGUCCCUCCGCCAGCACAGCCGGAUUUCACAAAAGCACUCGGAGCAGGGAAGCCAUGGCGACAGGCAGAGAUUGCUGCCCAGGUUGAGAGGGAGAGGUCAAUACUCCAGCGGAGCCAGAAUCAAGCUCAAGCUCAAGCUCAAGCUGUGCUGCAAAACCCGAGACAAAGACUGGGCCAUCAACGUCAGCGAUCGGUAGAGGUCAGAGAGGCAGCUGAGCCCUCUCCGGCUGUAUUUGCAUUCCCUCAACCCCCAGUACCAGCUCUCAUCCCAGGACACUCGCAGAUAAGUCCUCCACCGGCGAUUCCUUCGCCGUAUAUAUCCCGCUCGGCUUCGCGGUCGAGUCUUGUGCCGGCACCUCUGCUCCCAUCGCGUUCGCAGUUGCAGAGGGGAGCUAAGAGCCCACCUUCUCCGUCCCAGACUGGACUGCGGACAUCAACUGAGUCGCCGCCAGAGAAACCAAAUCCUGGGCCUCUUCUGCGAUCUACCUCACAGCUAAAUCGAGAAGGUUGGAAACAGUCACCAAGCCAAGCCCCAAAUGAGCCGAACCAGCAGCGCUACCCAAUACCACAAGAGCACCCUUCCACGAAUCCCUCACCACCCAGACCCGUCCCAGCACCCUUCAUCCGUGCCCAUAUAACCCAUGGCCUACCCCCUCUCCAAACAUCCCUCCAACCACAACCCGAAGCACCCAACGAACCCGUCCUAGUUCCAGUGCCGCAAUCCACCACCCCUACGACCACCACCUCCCCCUUUUAUCCCCUCGCUCUCUCCCACCAAGGUCAAGACGGGCGAUCCUCAAUACCCCUCCGCCCUAUCCCAGAACCACUCACCUCUCACCCCUCCCUAAUAUUCACUCGCUCUUCCUCGGAAACCUCCACCUCGACUUCCAGUAGCUCCCUCUUACAAAAACGCCUCGGCGCCUCGCGAGCGUCUGCCUUGACCCCUUCCCUCACGCUGAGAAGCGAGGAGGACCACAGAAAUCAGAUUGCGAAAUGGCGGGUGCUGAAGCGUGAAGAGAUUGAUAACGCUAAGAGUGACGGAUGGAAGCCCAUGCUAGGGCGGGAAGCCGGCGAUGAGACGGCGACUGGGACUGGGACCGGAAUGUUUUUGAAUCCGAGUCCGAGAGGAGGGUGGGAGUUUGAGAGGAUCGAGUUGCCUGUUACACCUGGGUGGGUGCCGAAGCUGACACCGACUAGGAGGGGCGACGAGUUGUUUUUGAAUGUGCAAUGA